AUGCGGCGCUGUCUCGACUGUGUCGACAUCCUUCGCAACAUUUGUGAACAGGCCUACGAUGGCGGAUACAACCCCGAGAACAGAGCGGCUGUCGCAGCGCUCAACGCGACUUGCCGCGCCUUCAGCGCCCUCGCGAGCAAGGUCCUGUGGUCGCGCCUCUUCAGUCUCCGGCCGCUCGUGAAGUGUCUCCCGACGGACGUGUGGCAUACAGACGUCCAGAACGUCAUGGAUAGCGGCGCCCUCAUACUCUCCCGUCCUCCAGACCCGCACGACUGGACGCGUUUCCUCGAGCAAGCCGCCCGCGUAACCUCCUUCAAGCGCUUCGGACCCACGGCCGACCUCGACGACGAUACUUAUCGCACCCUCUGCCUAUACCACCCCGGUCCACGCCCGCUGCUUCCCCACUUGGAGGAGCUAGUGUGGGAGGAGUCCGAUGCGGACGUGUUUGAGUACGGCAUCCAAUUCCUCGGGCCCAAGCUCACCUCCAUCCACAUCGGACAGCCCCCGAGCGACACGCUCCUCCUCCCCAUCCUGCGCGCGCUCGACCCGCGCUGCCCCGUCCUCCGACACCUCUCCGUGCAGUGCCGCGCGAGCGUCGGACCCGUCGACCCCGUGGUUUCGCGGGCGAUCGUGCACUUGCACCACCUCGAGACCAUCGACCUCUCCCUCCCGCUGUUCGACGACGCAUUGCUCCAUUUGGCGAGCCUCAAGACGUUGGCUGUGGCGAAGAUCUUCUUGUACCGAGAAACGAAGAUACACGAGCGCCUGCGGGAAGUGCGUUCCCCCUCCUUCCCUGCGCUGUCCGUCCUGCACCUCGGGGUCGUACUCCUCGAGCCGUCGCUGUCCGUGGUGAUCGACGCCAUCACGUCUACCCAACUAUCGGAGGUGGAGCUUUGCGCGGCCCACGACCCCGUUGCUGCACAUCUCCGAAUGUUCCUCGCCGCCCUCGCGCGAAGCCCAAGCCGCGACGCGAUCGCCGCUGUGCGGCUCGUGUUCCCGCUCCCGUCGAGCAUCUCGCUGAUGUGCUCGCUGAGCGCCAUUCCGCCCCUCGACGAUCCCACGCGCAUCCUCACGCUGGACACGUUCACGCCUCUCACCGGGCUUUCCGAGCUCAUCGAACUGGACAUCACGUCGUUUUUCCUCAAACCAGAUGACGCCUUCCUGUCCGCGCUUCCGAGCGUCUGUCCGGACCUGCAAGUCCUGCACUUGGCGCACCCGUACAACGCAGGCCUCCUUCCCACCGCGACGCUCGACGGCGUCUUACGUCUACUGCAACAAUACCCCGAGCUCACCGAGCUCACCCUGGCGUUCGACGCCGCCAGGUCAUAUGCCGCGCUCGCGCUCUCAUCCCACUGGACCUGCCCCUCGCUCCACACGCUCGACGUGCGCGACUCGCCCCUGCUCAACCCCGACGAGCUCGCGGCCGCGCUCUCCGCGCACUGCACCUCCCCGCACCUCGCGCUGCACUCCGCGCGCGCGCACGAGGGCUCCGCCGCGCCCGAGCUCGUCGCGGCCCGCACGCGGCACGCGGCGCUGUGGGACCAGGCGGCGCGCCUGGUGCGUUUGUUCGGGCGGGUGCGCGCGCAGGAGCGCGCGUGGGUGCAGCACGCGGGGCGCUAG